AAGUACACGCGGCGCCGAUAGCUACGGAUACGGACAAUUCAAAUUUUUGGAAAAAACCCGUGAGCGUGGAUUUUUCAAAACCGUGCGAUUGUUCAACAAUGAAAACGCAUUAGGAGACAAAUUUAUAUCUCGCAACUUCCCCGGCGAGAGACAAGACUUCGCAAAUCGUCUUUUCCACAACGAUUAUCAAUCAACGAAAUCUAAAUCUUAAUAUCCCGCACAGAGAGAAAGUAAGGAAACGAAAUAAUGCGGUCUAAGGUGACGAACGAGAACACCUGGGGAACCAAGUGGGCCACGGAAUCGUCAGAGAGCGGCGGUAGCGUAAGGCGUGCGGCGGCGAGAAAAACGGAAUCGUCGAAGUUGAAAUUGUCAAAACCCGCCCGGGGAAAUACAGCGCGGGAAAGAACUCUCAGGAGGUUGGAGAGCAACGAACGGGAGCGUAUGCGGAUGCACAGUUUGAACGACGCUUUUCAAUCCUUGCGCGAGGUGAUUCCGCACAUCAACAAGGAGAGACGGCUCUCGAAGAUCGAGACGUUGACUCUGGCCAAAAAUUACAUAGUCGCCCUAACCGACGUGAUAUGCGCGAUGAGAAGCGAGGAACGAUCGGAGGAUCAACAGACGAUCAACGGUCCCGUUGCGAGUCCUCAGGACUCGUCAAACAGCACCGAACAGCAAGUCGAGUCGAGCACCGUUCGCGUGAACAUUCCCAUCACUUCCAGAUCUUGCGGAUCGGAGGUUCAGAAGUUUUAUUAGAACAAAUCAUUCGGAUAACACGAACAAAGGAUUUCAGAAAGAAAAUCACGAUAACGACCUGAAAAUUAUACGAUUUAAGAUAUUCAUUCGGCUAGACACUCGAUUAGUCUUUCUUCUUUGAUCUUGUGCAUGCAUUUGCGUAAAGAAA